UCUAAGAAACCCACAAACGAAAGAAGAUUGGGUUUGAUUGGUUAUGCAAAGAAGAAAUCGAAGUCUUUAAUUAGAAGUGAUGGAGAAGAAGCUGAGUUUUGAUCUGUUGUUUUGUUCAUUUUUCUUUGCCUUUCUUUUGGUUUCAUGGCCUGCAAUGUCUCAAGAAGUUGAAAAUCAAAGAGAGUUCGAUUAUAAUACAAAUGGAACGAGAGGACCUGCACAUUGGGGAGAUCUUAGACCAGAAUGGCAUAACUGUAAUACUGGACGGAUGCAAUCUCCUAUCGAUUUGUUGAACCAAAGGGUUCGUAUUGUGUCUCAUUUUACGGACUUCCAAAUCGACUAUAGAUCUUCCAAUGCAACUCUUAAGAAUCGAGGACACGAUAUGAUGUUACAAUGGAGUGGUGCAGCCGGACAUAUGGAAGUAAAUAGAAGUCGAUAUUUUCUAAGACAAAUUCAUUGGCAUUCACCAUCUGAACACACUCUCAAUGGAAAAAGGUUUGCUUUAGAAGCUCAUUUAGUUCACCAAAGCCAAACAGGAAAUAUUGCUGUCAUUGGAAUUCUCUAUAACAUUGGACAACCUGACUACUUCUUGUCUACGAUGAGACAACAUUUCGUAGAAAUAUCUGCUACACAAAGAGAUAAAUUACUGAACAUGGUCAAUCCAUCUCUGUUGAAGAUGCGAAGCAGUUUAUAUUAUAGAUAUAUUGGCUCUUUAACGGUUCCUCCAUGUUCUCAAAAUGUGCUUUGGACCAUAGUAAGAAAGGUUAGAACUGUUGCACCCGAACAAGUAAACUUACUUCGUGUGGCCGUCCAUGAUGACUCAAACACUAACGCAAGGCCUUUGCAGCCUUUGAAUAAUCGAAAUGUUCAACUUCGAAUCAAAGCAAGCAUAGAGGGAGCUGAAUGAUUGAUUCAUAGACACAUACGAGAAUUCUUUCAUAAUUUUUCGUUCUCAAUAUCAUAUGGUUAUUAUCAUAUAUACCUUGUUUAAUUUAUACAUGAUAUACACAUGUGUUGUGAUUUUUAUAACAUGUACUCAAUAAUGUUUUUUCUUUAUUUAAAAUAUAGGAGAAUUGUAAAAAAAUGUAAAAUGGACAAAUUAUAUACACUUUAUUUCAUAAA